UGUCUGUCUGUAGCUUGCUCUCUCUCUCUCUCUCUCUCUCUCUGUUUAUAUUUCUAUUUGUUGUCUCUGUCCAUCUUUUUUGUAAGUCUUUCUGUCUGUUUUUGUUUCUGCCCAUCACCAUGAGUGAUUCAGAACUCCAAGAACAGUUAAUGGAGCUGGAUAAACUGGUUGAUGAUCAAGAACUCAAUGAUGAGCUCCAAAGUCUUGAUGACUUGAUUGGUGAGCUGCAGGAAGAGAAGGAAGUGGCACCAGUAAAGACACCUGAACCGAGGGUGCGUUGGAGAAAGAGAGACAUUGAUGGAAACAUUGUCUAUGCAAGGCCAAGAUCAAGCAGGAAUCAGUCAAAUAAGGCUGAUCCCAUUCGGAAAUCUGAUCCUCCCAUCAAUGCACCUGCCACUAACUGUGAGGUGACCUUUGCUCCAGAGGCUGUUGAGUCUUUUCUGCAAGAUCUCCAGCACUCACUGAGCAAUACCUCAGAUGAUGAGGCAUCAUCUCUUGAGACCUCAAGAGGUCCUCUCCUAGCUUCCUCAAACUGGAGCACAAGACAAAGUCUCUUUUCAGAGAGAUGGAGGACAGAGAGACCACGUCUGGUGAACACCGCUGCGGCACAUGAAAAUGUAGCAACACGCAUCUGCCAACAGUGUGGGAGCAAUCCAGCUGCUGUCCGCUGCAGUGACUGUCGACCAAAGCCCUUUUUCUGUGCUCAGUGUGAUGUCAGUAUGCACACCAGACAUGUUCUCCAUAACAGAGAUGCCAUGACGGCUGGAUUCUACCAGCCAUUGCCUCCAACAACUUUUGUUGUAGAUAAGGCUCUUUCCCAUUGUGUACGGCUUGUACCUGUGGAGAUCCCUUACAAAAUCUGUGAUUGUUCACGAGAGUCACUAAGGGUCAGUCCAGGGAAGACUGUUGCUGUAAUCACAAUGAAUGGACGAUAUGAUCUAAGCAUGCCUGAGUUGAGUUGUGAGGCAUGCCAAGCCACGUGGGCUGCUGGAGUGGGUGAUCUAAAUCUGAGUGACUACUGGCCUGCAACCCUUCACUUUGCCACUAUUUAUGCCACAGAUGUCUUCUUCUCAUUUGAAGAAAUGAAGAUGGCUGCACCAGGACUGUCCUGCCAAGCAUUUUUGAGAAUGCUCGAUCAGCGAACUGUCCGCUUUGGUCGUUGUGGCAAGAUCUCCAAAGACAGUUUUCAAAAAAGUUUUUUUGAGUGGGAGGCUGUGCGAUACGAGGUGGACAAAAUCUGUAAGGAAGAGCCCUUCAUCUGUCCUGCGUGCAGCCCAGACAUGCUGGCAGUUUCAGUCGAUGGAAACCGCAAGCAUUACCGUUUCAAGAAUGCAGCUAGAUCUGAAGAAAAGGCCAUCUUUGAAGACGUCUUUAUAGCUAAGGAUGAAGAUGUGACAAGAUUUGUGGACUACAUUCACAAGACAUCCAAACAUGUGUUUGUGGAGGGGAGUGGGCGCACAGACAUGGCCAUGCGCUGGAAUCAGCAAAAGAUCUACACUUUGGCCAUCACACUGACCCGCCGAUAUCAGAAGACCACAAAAGCUCUGCAAAACCAGUUGCUAAACCUAGAGUCUUUAAAAGUUGAACUGGCAGUGACAGAGAGCCAGUUGGAAGACUGGCUCAACGAAGUAAAGGAGUGGGCAGAUACAGCAGCAACAACAACCACAAAUGAUGCUGAUGCCUUGGCCAGCAGAACUGAGGUACUUGUGGCGAGUAUCAAGAGACGUUCUCAGCGUCUCUAUAAAGAUACAGAUGGCAACAAAGGUCGUGCCAGGAUCCGCCGCAAAAUCAGGGAGGAGAAGGGGACCCUGACAUCAAUUGUUGAGAAAUACAACAGAAUGGUUCCAAACACAGAAACUCUGUGCUUGGAAACCAUUUUGUCUGACUCUGUUAAUUUUAGGACAAAGAGAAAGGCAUUCGACAUCAUGAUGUCAUUAAGGAGACUUCAGGAGGAGCAGAAGAUUCUUGUUGCAGAGAUGAACAACCAUUGGAGAUAUCUUUCAACUCGUGCUGAUGCCCUCAGAGAACUGUCCUGCUGCUUUGCCAAGGAGACAAUAAAAAUUGAGCCAGUGGAGGAGUCUCUCCCUGGUGUCUCAUACACCCAGCAGAGGGACUCACAGACAGACACUGUAAAACAGGUGGCAGUGCAGGAUACUCUUCAAAGGAUUCCCUUACGUCCACUGCUGAAACUCAUUCUUGAGAGUCCAGGGACAAUGGAGAAGAUGAUGGAGAGGAAAAGAAAGCUAAGUGACUCAAACAAUCUGGAUGACACCACUGUGUUCAAAACCAGUUCUAUUCACUGA